AUGCGGGGCCCGCGGGCGGCCCUGGCUCUGCUGCUGGCGGCGGCGAUCGCCCCGCGGCCGGCGCGGCCGCACCCGCAGUGCCUGGACUUCAAGCCGCCGUUCCGGCCGCCGCGGGGCCUCGCCUUCUGCCGCCGCUACGCCGAGUUCGGCUGCUGCGACCCGCGCCGCGACCGCGCCCUGCUCCAGCGCUUCUACAGCCUCAGCGCCGGCCUCGACGAACGCACCUACGCUGCCUGCGCCGGGCACCUGCAGGACCUGCUCUGCCAGGAAUGCUCUCCAUAUGCAGCUCACUUGUAUGAUGCUGAAGAUCCCUCCACCCCUGUGCGGACGAUACCAGGACUAUGCCAAGACUACUGCAUGCAAGUGUGGCAAAACUGCCGCUCCAUUUUUCGUUCUCUCUCUACAGACCCAGAGUUAAUUGCACUGGAAAGCAACAUGGCAAAGUUCUGCCGCUACCUGUCCCUGGAGGACACCGACUACUGCUUCCCACACCUGCUGGCUAACCAGAACCUUAACCAGAACCUGGGGCUGGUCACUGCUGAUGCAGAGGGCUGUCUCCAGCUCUGCCUCAUGGAGGUUGCCAAUGGGCUGCGCAAUCCCGUGGCGAUGGUGCACGCCAAUGAUGGAACCCACAGGUUCUUCAUCGCAGAGCAGGUUGGCCUGGUGUGGACCUACCUCCCUGAUGGAUCCAGGCUCGAAAAGCCAUUUCUGAACAUCAGCGAAGCUGUGCUUACCUCACCUUGGGAAGGAGACGAGAGAGGGUUUCUGUGUAUUGUCUUCCAUCCUAAAUUCAAAUUUAAUGGUAAAGUGUAUGUCUACUAUUCAGUUGAAGUUCGUUAUGAAGAGAGAAUCCGAAUCAGUGAGUUCAGAAUUUCUCCUGCUGACAUGAACACCUUGGACCAUGGUUCUGAAAGGAUAAUCCUUGAAAUAGAAGAACCUGCUUCCAACCACAAUGGAGGAGAGCUGCUCUUUGGAGAUGAUGAGUACCUCUAUAUCUUCACUGGAGAUGGAGGCAUGGCUGGGGAUCCUUUUGGCACCUUUGGAAAUGCCCAGAACAAAUCAGCCCUUCUGGGUAAAGUUCUGCGGAUCGAUGUGAACAACAACGACCGGGGGCCCCUGUACCGAAUCCCUCCUGACAACCCUUUCGUCAGCGACCCCACGGCUCGCCCCGAGGUCUACGCGUACGGAGUGAGGAACAUGUGGCGCUGCUCUUUCGACAGGGGGGACCCUCACACCAAGGAAGGGAAGGGGCGGCUCUUCUGUGGAGAUGUGGGGCAGAAUAAAUAUGAAGAAGUUGACAUCGUCGAGAAAGGGAAAAAUUACGGCUGGAGGGCGAGGGAAGGGUUCAGCUGUUACGAUAAAAAACUUUGCGCCAAUUCUUCAUUGGAUGAUGUGCUUCCAAUUUAUGCAUAUCCACACAAAAUGGGGAAAUCUGUUACAGGAGGCUACGUCUAUCGAGGUUGUGAGUCUCCGAACCUGAAUGGCCUGUACAUAUUUGGUGAUUUUAUGAGUGGACGCCUGAUGUCUUUGAAGGAGGAUCAUGCUACUGGAGAGUGGCAGUACAGUGAAAUCUGCAUGGGGACAGGACAAACGUGCAUGUUCCCUGGGCUUAUCAAUAACUAUUAUCAAUACAUCAUCUCCUUUGCUGAAGAUGAAGCAGGGGAAUUGUACUUCUUGUCUACUGGUGUACCAAGUGCCACAGCACCCCAUGGAGUGGUGUACAAAGUGGUGGACACCUCCAGGAGAGCACCACCAGGAAAAUGCCAAGUUGAGCCAUCGCCGGUGAAAGUCAAAAGCAAGCGCAUCCCGUUUGUGCCAAAGGAGAAGUUUAUUAUGAAAACAUCAACCCCACAUCCGCGGCUGAAGAGCACGACCGAGGCGCCGAGGGGAGGCGUCCCCGAGCCCCAAAGCCCCCGCACUCCGGCCGGGGACGGGGCGGGCCGAGCCCCGGGGAGCCGGAGCAGAGCCCCCGGGCCGGGCAGGGCGGCAGAGGACGGGGGGCAGCGCAGGAGGAAGAAACCCCCCGGCAAUGGCUCCGUGCGGCUGAUGCGGCAGGGCCGGCGGGGCCGCGCCCGCGGCAGGGUGGAGGUUUUCAUCGACGGGCGGUGGGGCACGGUGUGCGACGACGGCUGGGGACUGCCCGCCGCCGCCGUGGUGUGCCGCCAGCUCGGCUUCCCCUACGUGGUGCGGGCCACCAAGAAGGCGGAGUUCGGGCAAGGGACCUCCCUCCGCAUUCUCCUGGAUGACGUGCAGUGCUCCGGGCAGGAGAGGACGCUGCUGGAGUGCUCCCACGCCGAUGUCGGCACGCACAACUGCUCGCACGAGGAGGAUGCCGGCGUGGUGUGCGGCCGGGAGGAGGUGACGCGCAGGUGA